AUGCUACGAUUGACAAGAAAUGCUGCUUUGCGCAGAAACGCAUGUCGCAACUUAGCGUUGCUGCCAACCACAGCGUUUAGAAGUGCAUCGUCGGUUUUAAGCACGCCAGUUAGAUAUUCGAACUCAAAAGACUGGAGUAAUGGUGGAUUCCAAAUAUGCUCCAGACGUUCUAUCACUUUGAAUGCGAAUAAUGCUGAUCAAAGACCGGCGUUGGAGCAAUUUGGAACAAAUUUGACCCAAUUGGCUCAAGAAGGAAAGCUUGACCCGGUUAUUGGCCGGGACGAUGAAAUCGCACGAUCAAUCCAGAUUCUGUCAAGACGUACCAAAAACAAUCCAGUUCUGAUAGGUCGCGCAGGUGUGGGUAAAACAGCUCUAAUCGAUGGUCUAGCCCAGCGGAUCGUCAGUGGACAAGUUCCUGACUCUUUGAAGAACAAAAAACUUGUAGCAUUGGAUCUGGGAUCGCUUGUGGCAGGUGCCAAAUAUCGAGGUGAAUUUGAAGAAAGGCUCAAAAACGUUUUGGAAGAAAUCGACAAAGCCAAUGGUGAAGUAAUUGUUUUCAUCGAUGAAGUGCACAUGCUUUUGGGACUGGGGAAAACAGACGGGAGCAUGGAUGCAUCCAAUAUUUUGAAGCCCCGGUUGGCCAAAGGAUUGAGAUGUAUAUCGGCCACCACCAUCGAUGAAUUCAAGAUCAUAGAAAAGGAUCCGGCUUUAACUAGAAGAUUGCAACCCAUCAUGCUGACAGAACCCAAUGUUCCUGAUACUAUUUCUAUCUUGAGAGGUUUGAAGGAAAGAUAUGAGGUUCAUCACGGUGUUAGAAUCACUGACGCUGCUCUGGUCUCCGCUGCUACGUUGUCUAACCGUUACAUCAAUGAUCGAUUUUUACCCGACAAAGCCAUUGAUCUAGUGGAUGAGGCCUGUGCAGUGUUACGUCUGCAGCACGAAUCGAAACCCGAUGUCAUCCAGACGUUAGACAGGGCAAUUACCAGAAUUCAGAUCGAACUUGAAUCCUUGAAAAAGGAAACAGAUCCCUUGUCAAUUGAAAGAAAAACUGCUUUAGAAGAAGAUUUAGAAGCCAAGCGGGCGGAACAUUCAAGACUUACUGAGGUAUGGGAGAAAGAGAAAGCUGAAAUUGAUUCCAUCAAAACUGCAAAGGCGGAUUUGGAACAAGCCAGAAUCGAUUUGGAAAUUGCACAAAGAGAAAAUAAUUUUGCCAAAGCGUCAGAAUUGAGGUAUGCAAAAAUCCCCGAACUUGAGCAAAAGGUAGCACAUACGCAAGAAAAGGAUGCGGAAAAAAAUCUUUUGCAUGACUCCGUCACUUCUGAUGACAUUUCCAUUGUCAUUGCCAGAAUGACUGGUAUUCCAGUGCAAACUGUGCUCCAGGGCGACAAGGAUCGUCUGCUUUUCAUGGAAAACUCAUUAAAGGAACGAGUAGUCGGACAAGAUGAGGCCAUUGACGCAAUUUCAGAUGCUGUUAGAUUGCAAAGAGCAGGUCUCACCAGUGAAAAAAGGCCUAUUGCAAGUUUCAUGUUCUUGGGUCCAACUGGUACCGGUAAAACUGAAUUAACAAAAGCUCUCGCAGAAUUUCUUUUUGAUAACGAUUCGAAUGUAAUAAGAUUUGAUAUGUCUGAGUUCCAAGAGAAGCACACGGUCUCGCGUCUAAUAGGUGCACCUCCCGGCUACGUCAUGAGUGAAUCUGGUGGACAACUUACGGAAGCGGUCAGACGGAAGCCUUACGCUGUGGUAUUGUUUGACGAAUUCGAAAAAGCACAUCCUGACGUCAGCAAGGUCUUGCUGCAAGUCUUAGAUGAGGGAAAGCUAACCGAUUCGCAAGGACAUCAAGUAGAUUUCCGCAACACUAUGAUCGUCAUGACUUCCAAUAUCGGUCAGGAUAUUUUGUUGUCAGACACGGAAGUUGGAAAUGACGGCAAGGUCAGUGACGCGACUCAAACGAAAGUUAUCGACGCCAUGAAACGUUCGUAUCCACCUGAGUUCAUCAACAGAAUUGAUGACAUUUUGGUGUUUAACCGGUUGUCGAAGAAGGUUUUACGCUCCAUCGUGGAUAUUAGACUCAAGGAAAUUCAAGAUAGGAUUGCAGAUAAGCGAAUGAAGCUUGACUUGACUGAAGCCGCGAAGGAAUGGUUAACGGAAAACGGCUACGAUCAAUUAUAUGGUGCCAGACCACUUAACAGGUUAAUUCACAAGAAAAUUCUGAACCCCAUGGCUAUGUAUAUGCUGAGGGGCCAAGUGAGACCUGACGAAACAGUGCAUGUUGAUGUCGUCGACGGCAAGCUUACUGUGAAAGCGAACCACGAGGAAGGUGAGUCUAUGGACCCAGAGGAAGAAAUCUGA